CUCGUGCUUUGGUCUCGAGUCAGUCCAUCCUCUCAUCCUUCUUCUGCUUCGGUACUUGCUUUACCGCUUCCCAUCCAUCCCCCAAAGCCUUGGCAUUUCACAAGAAAAGAAAAUGGCUGCUCCUAUUCCCCCGUCGUGGAAGGAUCUUGGCAAGGCUGCCAACGACCUCCUCACCAAGGACUACCCAAUCCAGGGGUCCACCCUCGAGGUCAAGACCAAGGCGCCCAACGGCGUCACCUUCCGCGUACUCGGCCUGCGUGACAAUGCCAAUGGCAGCAUCGGCGGUGAUCUGGAGGUCAAGUACGACGACAAGAAGCGCGGCACGGCGGUGACGACUGCUUGGACGACGUCGAACAUCCUGCGCAACCACGUCGAGCUGGACAACCACCUGGCCAAGGGCCUCAAGUUUGAGGCCGUCUCGACACUGCAGCCGGAGAAGAGCGCCAAGACGCUGGUGCUGGCGUCGCUGUACAAGCAACCGGGCGUCCACACGCGCAACUACAUUGACGUCUUCAAGGGCCCGCUCGUCACGGCCGACGCUGUCGUCGGCAAGGACGGCUUCCUUGUUGGUGGUGAGGCGGCAUACAGCGUCAAGGACGCCAGCGUCACGCGCUACAACCUCGCCGCCGGCUUCCACGCGCCCGAGUACGCGGUGACGCUGCAGGCGCUCGGCAACCUCAAGGCCUUUGUCGCUUCGUACUACCAUCGCGUCAACAACGACAUUGAGACCAGCGCCAGGGCCACGUACGACAAGGCAAAGUCUGACGCCAACGUCAAGCUCGAGGUCGGCACCAAGGCCUACCUCGACAAUGCAGCAUUCGUCAAGGCCAAGAUCAACAACGACGGAAUUCUCUGCCUCGGUUACACGCAGGCGCUCCGCCCCGGCGUCAAGGCGUCGCUCGGCCUCGCACUCGACACGAAGAAGCUGCAGGGCAACGAUGCGGCCGCCCCAGGUGGCGCCGCGCACAAGGUCGGCGCCAGUCUCGUGUUCGAGUCGUGAGCGGCGCCUGCCGACGCGGCGUCGGACGGCAGCUGGCAGAGCGAAGCAGGCGGGCUGUGAAGCGGUGCGGUGCAGCGUGCGCCGAUGAAAAAAACCAAUCAUCACAGAGAGAGACAGAGACCAAGUGUAAUGAAUCCGUCGAUGCACACGCCUAGGACAUCCAGAC